AUGCAUCGUGCAAGUCCAGCAUCACAUGACCAUGAAAUGUGUGACCUUUCAGGAGAGAUGAAUGUCAAGAGAAGACGUAAGGUUGUAUGUCCGGAACACAAGGGUGAGGUUAUAAAGUUCGUCUGUAAAGACUGUCACAAAGCCGUGUGUCAAACAUGCUGCGUAAUCUACCACAGGAAAUGUGAGUCUGUCGUUACCAUGGAGUCACUGAUGCCUACCAUGAAGUACUAUUUGAGAAAGAACGUGAAAGUAUUAUUGAAGAAAAUGAAUAGAAAACAAACGCUGGUUAAAAAAACACACAAGAAAAUUAGAGGAAUAGAGAAGACUAAAGUGGCUGUAGAAGGUCACAUCAAAUCUGCUGUUGAGACAGUCAUCGCCAACAUCAAACAGAAAGAAAUACAGCUAAUGAAUGAAGUCAAGGACAUUACAGACAAACAAACACAGCAACUUAAGGCAGAUAUUAAACUUGAAGAGAUCGAGAUGCAGAUGUACAGACAACAUUGUGAGUUCAUUGACCAGGCCUUGGUAUCGGACUGUGAGAUGGACUUGUAUGACGUGUAUCAGGCCUGGGAGUCUGGAGCUGUAGAGAUGAAGGAUGUCAGGGAUACAGAGGCAGCAGACACCCGGAGAAUAGAUCACAUCAGGUUUACAACUUACACUGACAAUGUCCUAAAGGCCUUAGAUAAGAUGCAGUUUGGGGAGAUUGACGUCACAUACCAGGAUCAGGAGCAAUAUCUGCCAUCUCCAGUGGUGGUUGACAGGAUAUAUGUGAGGGUGUCGGAUGAUGAAGAGGGCCCUCUUCUAUUUGAUAUGACAGCUGUGGUUGUAGAUGGUGUACAGACAUGUGCUGUUACCGACUAUAAUAACAAGUGCGUGAAAUCUUCUUCACAAGAAAUAAUCAUUCAUGCCACAGUAAACUUCCCCUGGAUAACACUCCACGUGGGAUAA